AUGGCUACGGCGGCGGCGGCGGCAGCGAACUAUGGCAGUGAUUAUCGAGUUGGUGAUAAAUGCUUAUCAAAUGACAAUGAGGAUGGGAUAUGCGCACUGAUUACAGAUUGUCCUGUCGCUAUAAAUGAGAUACGUCAUAGGAAUUACCAUAAGUACAAAAGAUGUGGGUUCCAAGAUGACACAGAGAUUGUAUGUUGCCCACAAAAGCCUGUUGAUAGAUAUGGAGAAACUAAUCCAAAAACAACGAGGAUUGCGGAUUUAGAAUGCAAGAAAAUAACUGAUAACCUGCUCCCGCCAUUGGAUCUACAUAUCAUUGGAGGAGAGAUAGCAUCAUUAGGGGAAUUUCCUCAUAUGGUUGCGCUCGGCUACCCUGAAGGCGAUGGGUAUAACUUCAUGUGCGGGGCUACGCUAUUGUCUGACAGAUUCGUGUUAACUGCCGCUCACUGCGUCGAUACUAUAGACCAAAUAAAGCCUGCUAUAGCGAGGCUGGGGGUUGUUGAACUGGGCAGUGCAGUUCGCAACAACGCCUCCGACGUGGACAUCGCGGAGAUCAUUCUGCAUCCUAACUACACCAGGCGGUUCAAAUACCACGAUCUCUCUCUCAUAAGAUUGUCGCGGCGUGUGGAGUUCUCCUCGGUGCUGAGCCCCGCCUGCCUCUACUCCAGCCUGCAGGACCCCACCGCGGCCCUCACCGUCACCGGCUGGGGGAAGACCAGCACCACAAGAAACGUCCGCAGCAACAUGUUGCUAAAAGCGAAGGUGUCAAUCGUUGCGAGGGAGAAGUGCAACGAGAAUUACUCGAUGUGGCGCAAACUGCCCGACGGUAUCGCCGAGGAGCAACUCUGCGCCGGCGACCCGCAGGGACUGCGCGACACCUGCCAGGGCGACUCCGGCGGGCCGCUGCAGGCGCUGACGGCGGCGGACGGCCACUUCCGCGUGGUGGGCGUGACGUCAUUCGGGCGCGGCUGCGGCUCGCCCGUGCCCGGCGUCUACACGCGCCUCGCGCGCUACCUCGACUGGAUAGAGAGCAUCGUCUGGCCGCAAGACUAGUACAACGCGAACUGACGCCGCCACUACCAACAUAACAACGUGCUGUCCUUAAUACCAACGUAACAUGAAGUGACGAUUCUGAUAACGUAACACGACUCCCGGUUCACACUUGGCGAGUACAGUUGAACUGUAGCGCACGAAAACUGGAAUGGCAUUCAAUUAGCAUUAUGUGAACGCGAACAGGCGCCAGUGAAAUCAUACAAUACUUUCUGAAUGUGAACGCCAGUGAAUAUAUAUACAUACAAUCCUUGCCCUACUGACCAACUGUACUGGUCAGGUCUGAACCGCGCAUGAAGUGCCAUUGUUGAUGUUAACCACAAUAAGUGCCGUCAUUGAUACCAACAUGAUAUGAUGUGACUUCACUUAUACCAACAUAACAUUCACAUUAUCGUGUAUAAUUCCACAAGGAUCUUGUGGCAGCUUUUUGACAUUCGGGCAUUUAGGGUAACCAGCAAGGUAAUACCACAUUUAAGGGAACAUUUUCACUUUUGAAUACAAAAACGCAAAUUGUAAAGGACGAAGCACUGCUAGUUUCCCCCACUGUACCUCAGUUUACGAGCGCCGGUGGUGUGCAACACUCUGCCUGGGUAGCACUUUGAGGUGUGUUUACGCGAAUCGCGGUAUAUGUUUAACUUGUUACCGACAGCGAGGCAUCCAAAAAUACAAAACACUUUUUAUCAAACUAACACACCUUUAUUCAAAACUUAUUUACACAAAUAUAUACAAAAAAACUCAAAACUAUCUGGAUCACAUCUUGACUUCUUAUUCUUCUUUUUCUAUAUAUUUUCUUUAACCAACGAUAAAUGCCUUGGUGGCCAGUAUGCAACCUCUUUGGCUGUACACAUACUGCUUGUCAGCCAAAGAGGUUGUAUUUUGCACUCAACAGUAUACACACUAAAGAUCGAUUGAUGUGAAUUGUAUAUUUUUCUUCUUAUUUACCAAGAGCGGAGAUGCAAGUUUUACAAAUAAGCCGUUUUCUUAUCUACACUUGUAGGGUGACGAAAUAACACUAUUACAGUCACUUUCCCCAGUUAUAGUUCUUUAUUUCAAGCCCAGCUUAUAAAGUUGUUAGUUUCUACUACGUUAGUAACACUGCAUUUUAUAAUAAUGUAAUGUGGCGUCGAUCGCGGGUCACUAAAUCCGCGCAAGUACGGAGUCCCCAAGGCUACUGUCACACCUAAAGAGUGCAACUCAUUUCAUAGGUUGGUAGACCCCGUAGCUUAGAUAUAGCUUAGCUAUUCUAGAAUGAUAGACUUGAUAGACAAUUUCCCCUUUUCUCUCCGGCCUCAGUUGCCUUUUAGCUUUACCCUAAAGAGCCACGCGCAUACGAUACGUUUUCCUUAUUUUAACUUGGCUCUUCGUCCCCCUUUUUCCUACAAGACCAUCCCUUUGUUUUUUUUUAUUUUAAGCUCGCUAGCUUGACCACGAUCCCAUCUGAAGAAAGUUAUGCAGUCGAAAGAUGGUACACUUUUUUUGAAGGUCCCCACGUCUUAUUUGGACGGAAAAAUUGACGCCGGAAACUUGUUCCAAUCCCUUGCAGUACGCACAAGGAGUGAUGAUUCAAACUUUUUCGCUCGAACUCACGGUACAUCAACUACAAAAGGAUGGUAUUCGGUCGUAUGCCUUUUUUUUCCGAAGGGGAAUGCAUUAAGCAUACUCCGUCCCUCGGGGCAGACACGAGAUUUAUGUGGGACUCUCCCCACAGAGUGGAGGCAUACCUCACUAAACCCCUCCGUUCACUCCUGGCCAUUGUGUGGGCGCCACGGGAUCGCUUUCGCUAUCCGGCCAUAACUUAAACUUGUUGCCUUUUAACUUUACAGAUUCCCUGAAAAUGCUAUCAACUGUUCAGGUUCUCUUUCAGUUAAUAAUUUAGGAACCCGUUCAGUUUCCCAGAAGGAUGAAAUGUUUUCUCUAAUGUUAGAUUUACAUUUAAUACAUGCAAGUGAUACAACCUGCUUUUGAAUUUAUUGUGAAAUUAAAGGUGCUGCAAUUACGUGGCCGUAUUUGGUGCUUAGGAUGUAGGGUUGUGACGAUAAUAUAAUUAUUUCAACAGAAGUCAGCCUACUUCUGUUGAACUAAUUAUAUUAUAGAAAAAAAACGAUGUUACUUCGAUUAAUAAACAUU